AUGCUGCUUUCACGUCGUAUUAUGGACGGUCGCCUGCUGAGGGAGCACGUCCAGUGCUACCUCAAGAAGGCCAUUGACGCUUUGGGGGCUAUGCAGGUGAAUACGGGUGACGGUGUUAAUCUUUCCUCUGAUGUGUGGAUGAAUAUUGCGAAAGAACAUCUUCUGGAGUUCAGGUGA